UAGCGGGCCGAGCGGUUGGCCGGCGGCAGCGGAGGCUGUCGGCAAUGGAGUUGGGUUCGGAGUCGGCGGCCGUGAGGCGGCACCGCGUCGGAGGGGAGCGCAGGGAGGACCCUGCGGCGGCGGCGGCGGCGCUGCAGCUCGAGAGGGAGGCCCCGGCUCCGGAGUCCCUGGGGGCCGCGGGCCGCGGCGGCGCAAGGACGCGGAAGCGGAGCCCCGGCGGCGGCGCGGGGACCGGGCUGUCCGAGGCACGCGCCGUGCUGGGGCUCGCGCUUUACCUGCUCGCGCUGCGGGCGCUCGUGCAGCUCUCGCUGCAGCGGCUCGUGCUGCGCGGGCCCGCGGGGAGCUUUGAGGAGUUCGACGCGCGCCAAGCCAGGGAUUAUCUUGAACACAUAACAUCCAUUGGCCCCAGGACUACAGGAAGUCCCGAGAAUGAAGUUCUGACAGUGCGCUAUCUUUUGGAGCAGAUUAAACUCAUUCAGGAUCAAAGCAACAGCAUUCACAAGAUUGCGGUGGAUGUACAGCGGCCCACAGGCACCUUUAGCCUCGACUUCUUGGGAGGCUUCACAAGCUAUUAUGACAACAUCACCAAUGUUGUGGUGAAGCUGGAACCCAGAGGGGGAGCACAGCAUGCUGUCCUGGCGAACUGUCAUUUUGACUCAGUGCCAAACUCACCAGGUGCCAGUGAUGAUGCAGUUAGCUGCUCAGUGAUGCUGGAAGUCCUCCGUGUCCUGUCAGCAUCUUCAGAAGCCUUGCGUCACGCCGUCAUCUUUCUCUUUAAUGGUGCUGAGGAAAAUAUCUUGCAAGCCAGCCAUGGUUUCAUUACUCAGCACCCCUGGGCCAGCUCGGUUCGUGCAUUUAUUAACCUGGAGGCGGCAGGUGUAGGAGGAAAAGAACUGGUGUUCCAAACAGGUCCUGAAAAUCCUUGGUUGGUCCAAGCUUAUGUUUCAGCAGCCAAACACCCCUUUGCUUCUGUGGUGGCUCAGGAGGUUUUUCAGAGUGGAAUCAUUCCUUCAGACACAGACUUCCGUAUCUACAGGGACUUUGGGAACAUUCCAGGAAUAGACUUAGCUUUUAUUGAGAAUGGAUACAUUUACCACACCAAGUAUGACACAGCGGACAGAAUUCCUACAGGUUCCAUUCAGCGAGCAGGUGAUAAUAUUUUAGCAGUUCUUAAAUAUCUAGCUACAUCUGAUAUGCUGGCUUCUUCCUCCAAGUAUCAACAUGGACACAUGGUCUUCUUUGAUGUGUUUGGCCUUUUCGUCAUUGCCUACCCCUCCCGUGUUGGCUCAAUCAUUAACUACAUGGUGGUCAUGGCCGUUGUUUUGUACCUGGGCAAAAAAUUGCUGCAGCCCAAACAGAAGACUGCUCACUACGCGAAGGACUUCUUCUGUGGGCUUGGCAUCACCCUGAUAAGCUGGUUCACCAGCCUGAUCACUGUUCUUAUCAUAGCUGUGUUCAUCUCCCUCAUCGGACGGUCCCUCUCAUGGUAUAACCACUUCUAUGUUUCCGUUUGUCUGUAUGGAACUGCAGCCGUCGCCAAAAUAAUAUUCAUACAUACCCUCGCAAAAAGAUUUUACUAUGUGAAUACCAGUGACCAGUAUCUGGGAGAAAUAUUUUUUGACAUCUCGCUGUUUGUGCAUUGCGUUUCUCUGAUAACUCUCACUUACCAAGGACUUUGCUUGGCGUUUAUCAGUGCUAUCUGGAUAGCAUUUCCGCUGCUCACAAAGCUGUUUGUGCAGAAGGAUUUUAAGCAGCAUGGUGCCGGAGGAAAAUUCCUGGUGUUUUAUCUUGUGGGGAUGUUUAUCCCUUACCUGUACGCAUUGUACCUCAUCUGGGCGGUGUUCGAGAUGUUCACCCCCAUCCUCGGGAGGAGCGGCACACAAAUCCCACCUGACGUUGUGCUGGCUUCCAUUCUGGCUGGGUGUAUAAUGAUCCUCUCGUCCUAUUUUAUUAACUUCAUCUACCUUGCCAAAAGCACGAAAAAGACCUUGGUAGCUUUAACUUUGGUAUGUGGCAUUACCUUCCUCCUCGUCUGCAGUGGGACUUUUUUCCCAUACAGCUCCGAUCCUGCUAGUCCAAAGCCAAAGAGGGUGUUCCUGCAGCAUAUCACUAGAACAUUUCAUGACUUGGAUGGAAAUGUGGUUAAACGGGACUCCGGAAUAUGGAUCAAUGGGUUCGAUUAUACUGGAAUGUCUCACGUCACACCGCACAUCCCCGAGAUCAACGAUACCAUCCGAGCUCACUGUGAGGAGACAGCGCCCCUCUGUGGUUUCCCGUGGUACCUUCCGGUGCACUUCCUGAUCAAGAAAAACUGGUAUCUUCCUGCUUCGGAAGUUUCUCCAAGAAACCGUGCUCAUUUCAGACUUAUAUCUAAAGAACAGACUCCCUGGGAUUCUGUAAGGUUGACCUUUGAAGCAACAGGACCAAGCCAUAUGUCACUGUACAUCCGAGCUCACACAGGGGCAGUGCUUACCCAGUGGUCUCUGGGCAAUGGCACCCCAGUCACAAGUAAAGGAGGGGACUACUUUGUAUUUUACUCCCACGGACUCCAGGCCUCUGCGUGGCAGUUCUGGAUCGAAGUACAGGUCUCAGAAGAACAGCCGGAAGGAAUGGUCACUGUGGCCAUGGCUGCCCACUAUUUCUCUGGGGAAGACAAGCGAUCCCCCCAGCUGGAUGCGCUGAAGGAGAAGUUCCCCGGCUGGACAUUUCCCUCCGCCUGGGUGUGCACCUACGACCUCUUCGUGUUUUAAUCUGUGGAUGCGUUCCAAGUGCGUGCCGAGUGGGGUGCUUCAUGGGACCUGGUUUCUCCCUGUGGGAUGUGGCUGUUUGUGAUUUACGUCAGUGAAUUGUGAUGUGUUCCCAGAGCUGUGUGGGGUAACACUUCAGGGCCAGGCACUACGAGGGUUAUGCUGUGGGCAGCGAUGUAUACUGACACUUGAAAAUGCCGGUAUUCUGGCACUUGAGCACAUGUGGGUACUAUACACAUACGUCAUUUUGUGUGACUAAGGACAAAAGCCAAUAAAUCACUUCAGAUAACUGUCCCGUCAGGAUCGUGGAAGUUGUACAAGGUACUGUCAGGCCAUUGUUAGUGAGGAAAAUUUUCAUUUCCGAUUAAAGCCCAAGACCAUUUGUUGUGUCAGUGAGUAGUGGUAAAAUACUGUGCACUGGGGCCGUGGUUCCCCGAGACCUGCCUCUCAGGUCGUUGGAGGGGAGUGCAGUAAAGACAGGGAAGAGCCGUGGGCCUGUACUGAGAGCGGGACUUCUUCAGCUCUGGAGAGCACGGUGUCUCUGUCCCGAGGCCCAGGACCCCGUGAUGUGGGGCUGGGCCCAGCGGUGACUCAGCUGUCCUUCCGACCCGGUCAGUGACUACCCACCAUGCUGCUUUCCAGGUGGUUCUUGAUGCCUUGUGUCCCUCUGACACAUCUGUGUCCCCCUCCACCUGACGAGUUUGAGAAGUGGAACGUUUGUCCGACUGUGUUUUCCUCUGGGUUCUCAUGCUCUUUGUUCAGGAUACUGUUUGUGUCAGGGCAAUCCUGAGAAGGUGGUGCAAGUUCACGUCCUUAACUUCCUUCCUCAGGGCAGUGACUCACCAGCCUGGCUAUUCUGGGGUGGGGGUUGAGAGUGGCUGGGCAUUUCGUCCAUAUUUAUUCUCUCUUCAUUGUUUCGUAGGAGUCUCCUGCUCUCCAAGGUCUGUCCUGUAGGACAUAAUCUUGUGGCUGCACUGGGUCCUUGUUUGUCUGUUUUCUGGCUGUUUGAACAGACUAGUUUCUUGGUCACUUGCUGGCCAUUGGGGCUGGUUUUCCUGGGACUGAGGCUGUGGCUUGUGUGGCCGUAAGACUGCUGCACCUCUGGCCUCCGGUGGUGUCCCGAGGGCCACAGUGGCAGUCCCAGGACCUGGGUGCGUAGGGCCUCCCGGGCGUCUUGGUUUCAGCUGUGGAGGGUUCAGUGAGAGUGGCGGUAAACUCUGCUUCCUUCUUCCCAUUAACAAAUGGAGAAAGUUGGACACAUUUUGAGUUUAGCAAGCACGGGCCAAAAGAACAUUUUAAGAAAAAGUCAUAGUUUAAAAAAAAGUGAACUAGUCAUCUGUGGUGAUAGUGGUGAUGAGAGGGCCGCUUCCUGAAAGAGCGGUCUGGGUCCGCCCCGGCCACAGGAGCGUCAGUCUGCUGCUUCCUGGAAGAGCGGUCUGGGUCCGCCGUGGCCGGAGGCGCGUGAGUAGGCUGGCAGGAGACUCGACAGUGCGUGUGGUGUGCCAUCUCGGUCGUGCUCCUAGCACCUGCCUGGUCUGGGACCCCGCACGAGCCAUCCUGCCCACGCUGCCGGCCCGUGUGGCUGACUGGGACAGGCGUCGGCUCCUGCACCUGGAGCUGUUGCUUUUCCUGGACUCAGGCGAAAUCACUUGUCACCAAACUCACAUGCCUCACAGGUCAAGCUCUAGCCAGAUUGCUCUGUCAGGCCAGGUCGUUGUUUGGUCAGUUGGUAUGUAAGGUUUGCAGUGUUCAUUACGGCCUGUGUAGAAUCACAGUUGUGGAGGAAAAGUUAGAAACAGUAAUAUCUCAGUGAGUUUCGAAAUACGAGCAUUAUUUUUUGUUCCUGUGGUUAAUUUGAAGUAGAUUACUGAAAAUUAUUUAUGGAAAAAAAGCAAAAUCUCAGAUGUUGAGGACAUUGUAUAGAAAACCGAUUGUUCCCUGUGAUUUUUCCCUUUGCUGAGGGUGCUCUUAACCCUUUUCAGUAAUGAUCGUGGUCUUCUUUCGGCCUUUGGGUUGUUUCUCUGUGCGAACAAUUCUCCUUCCCUUUGGUUUUCUUUAGCAUAAGAGGCUUCAGUGUGUGCAGAGUCACUGGCAGGCUGCUCUCUAGUCUCAGGGUGUGCUUAGUGUUCUGGAAGGUGGCUUUAGUAUCAGUAAUGGCCAAGUGAUCAGACAUGACAUCUGAGGCUCCGUGGUAAGCACGCUGUUCUGUGCCAUCCGUAGCCUCUGAGAUGAAAGAGCCUGUUGGUUUUUUGUUAAAGGAUAUCUGCAUCUCAUUCUAAAAGGAUGUUUUCUAACUGUAGCAAACUUACGAUAGCAUUAUUUUCUACAGAAUUUAACUGUAAUUAGCAUAGUACUGCGUAUUCAGGGCAAGUGUGAAGAAUUGCAAUUUCAAAGUAAUUCUUUCUUAAAAUCCACACUGCAUCUGACCUGAGAAUGAAUGUCGCAUGAGCACCUCUGUUUCCAGUUUAGCAGAUGGAAAUAAGCACGCAGGGUUCCCCGAGACGUUACCACUGGGGGGCAUGAGCCCGUCUGCUGGCUCAGGAAGCCUCAGCUGGAGGAAGAAUGAUGUCUGUCUGUCCAUUUCUUUUCACUGGUUUGUAGACUCGUCGAGGAUUGUUGCCUUACAAUGUUACUGAAGUAACUGGUUGGUGUCUUUGAACAGAAAGCAGGUCUUUGUAACUGCUCAUGGUCCUCUGUAUCCCCAUAUUUCAAGUCCACAGAGCCUUUUAAAGCCUUAAAAAAAAAUUGCUAUUAGAAGACCUAGAUGGCUAAUGUGGGUAUAACAUGCUAUUUUAAUGAGUGAUGUGAGCAAAGAACUCAACAGGGAAAUGUUAGUUUACUUCAACUGGAAAGCCUUUUACCUGGAAAGAAAUGAUAAUCUGAAUUUCACAGAAAUUAGUGACCUAUUAUUUGGUAAAUGUUGAGCUUUAUCAUAUUUAGACAUUUUAAAUCACCUCCACUGGCAAAGAAAAUCGUCCAAGGGCUAAUAAAGAAGAAUGCUCUUUUAUUGGGGCGGGGGGUGGGGAGUCGGAGGGAAGAAGACAUUGCCUUUCAGCAGGAGAGUGACCUGCUUAUUCUCAUCUCCACAUAAGGAAAAGGUGCGCCACUCACCAAAUCAGAGUACCCACUUGUGGGUUUGAAGCUCUCUGUGCAAGUUAUUUGUCUGACUUUCCUCAGAAAAUUCAGUACGAGGUGAAGCAGCCGAACAACUUGUAUGUCUAACACGCCUCCCUUUCUCUUUGGUCCAGUAAAGCCAAGAUGCUUUUCUGCCUCUCUCUUGUCUGUGUUUAAAUGAAAUACCUUAGGGAAGUUUUGGGUGUUAUCAGUGUUUUUCUUCGAUACUACCACUUCCUUAUUUGGUUGCCUAAAAAGAUAGAACAUGUCGAUAAUUUCUUUUCUCCAGGUUUGCCUUUUUUAAACUGCCAUAAAUUUUAUGAUUCUCAUAAAAUCGUUUUCCAGAAUUAAUGUUUGUGAUGUGCAAAUUAAAUUUUAUUUGGAUGAAUAUAGACACAAAGAUUAUCAACAAAAUACUAGCACACAGAAUCCAGCAAAAUAUAAAAAGGGAUUAUAUACCAUAACCAAGUGGGAUUGAUCCCAGGAAGACAAGGUUGGUUUAACAUUAAAAAAUCAACCAAUGUAAUACACCAUAAUAAAGGACAAAAGCCACAGGAUCAUCUUAAUCGAUGUACACACACACA